GGGCAUUUGAUCUUUAAAACUGGCGCUCCUAGCGGUUUGUUUUAGCACUGCAGAAAAGUAGCAAGAGACCAGAGCCAAGCAAGUCGUCAGAUCUGUCGCAGCCCAUCCUGGCAAUGGCUGCAAACGUGGACCACACCCAAGAGUACCCCAACCACACCCACUCCAUCCUCAGCCUCUUAAACCAACAGAGGAGAGCAGGGCAUCCUCUCUGUGAUGUCACUCUGGAUGUCGGCGGGAAAAUCUUCUCCGCCCACAAGGCCGUGCUCGCCGCGAACUCCCCGUACUUCCGUUCCCACUUUGCGUCCGAUGCCCGGACGGACGUGGUGUACCUGAACGGACUGACGGAGAGGGGAGUGGAGGUCAUUCUGGAGUACAUGUACCUGGGGAGGCUCAACCUCAGCAUCGAGAACGGACUGGAGGUCAACACCGCGGCGAGCUUCCUCCACAUCAUGGAGGUGGUGGCGGACUGUACCCACUAUCUGGCAGCAGCGCUGCAAGGGAAGGGGAAGAGAGCUGUAGAAGCGACGUCGCAGGCGAGGCAAGCGAGUCUCGAACAGACCGUGACAAAAAUUUCGCAGAUUCAGCAGCAAAAUGUGAGCAAAGCAGACUCGAUGAUUCUGGCAUCAAUGCUGGGUAGCACCAGGAAUGCACCACCCUCAUUUAGGGGUCCAAUCUCUAGGGAGGAGACAAUGCAGUCCAUGACAUUUCCAAUGUUGUCACAGCCAAGUUCUGCUACAGGGCAGGCGUGUAGCAGCUCCUCCCAGCAGCUGUCGCCUGUACUGCAUGCCACACCAGUUAUGUGUCAGCGGAAUCCACACACCACGGAAGACAGCAGACUGGGACAUUUAUCGCCUCCCUAUGCAGACAAUCCAAAGCAACGCUGUAGUACUACAGCUUCAACUACGGAUGAAAGACGAGUCUCUGAGAGCCAGGAAGGCUUCAGUUCUCUCGUGUGCAAAACUGAAGAGGAAGAGGUGAUCUCCCUCUCCAGUAACGAAGACUUUCCCUCCGACAUGGACUACCACAGGGACUCCAUGAGCGAGCUGGCUCAGCAGGAGGAGGGCGGGUUCCCCAGCGGGAGGGCGUACGUCCGGCCGGGAGAGACGGGAGACGAGGAACGGCCGUGGCUGUGCAUGGAGUGCGGCGCCCGCUUCAAGACUAAAAGAGUCUUGCAACAUCACUUCAUCUUCCGGCACAGCGAAGAGCGGCCGUUCAUGUGCACGUGCUGCCAGGCAAGGUUCAAGAGGAAGUGCGAACUGAAGCGGCACAUGUACACGCACACGGGAGAGAAGCCCGUUCCCUGCAGGCUGUGUCCGGCGAGCUUCAUCUGUAGAAGUCAGCUGUUGCAGCAUCUGAAGUCUCGCCACAGUUAUGCUGUUACUGACCAAGAUGUGAGCAGUCCAAACAAAAAUGAAGAGGACUCCUGUGGAACAUCUUAGAAUCCAAAACACUGUUCUUAUAAUUUUUAUGCAGCAUUAUAAUAGGUGAUGUCUUUUAGGCAUGAACAUUCACUGGCUAGAAAAGUGCAGUAUAGGUUGCCACGGCACAAACUAGAAUGAUAAGAGUGCUCAAAAACACAGAAACCACAAUGGCAUGGCAUGGCUCUAUAGGGCAUGGGACCAAUAUUCAGAAAACAUUAGGUAGUUUCAUGUCAUGACCACUCCACCCUGUUCCCAAUGUUCAGUACUACCUAGAUAUGCUGAACACCACUGGGCACUCUAGGAGCAUACUAGCAAAGAAGGACUUCAUAGCAAUUUGCUUUGUUGUGUCCAGCAAGCAUAUCUGUAUUCUUUUACAUGUGUCUACUCUGAUGUGUAACUGUUAGCCACAAGAUAUCCUGUACUACAGCUUUUUCUGAUGUGGAAAUAUGAAAGCUCUGUAUCUUGCUUUAGUAGUCCUUCUUUUUAUACUGUAAAUGUUAUACUCAGUUUAUAGUAUCAGCUGUGUACAUUGUUUUCUUUUUAAAGAAUGGCAAAGGAGGCAUUUAUUUAACUUGAAUAUUUAUGCUAAUUCAUGCCUUCUCAUUCUACAUUUUGUAUUAAGAUAAAAAAUUAACUUUUUUUAUUCUAAUACAUUGUACAUCUUAUUAGACAUACAAAUCAUACUUGUUGAUGAUGAUCACAAGCUUUUCAUGUGGAUUAAAAAACACUGUGUGUAUUUCCACCUAGUUCUUAAAGAUAUUUUGGUCAAGAUGCAAUCAACUCAGUUUAACAUGAUUUUAUUCUGCAUUCCUGCACCAAUUGCAAGCCAAUACCCAAUUUCUAAGCUCAUAUUGUACAGAUAGCAUUUAAUCUAGUUAUGCAUACAUGAAUAACUUUUGAGUUUAUAACCACUCAAUUACAAUAAAUAGGCAAGACAACU